AUGAGCCCAAAGAACGACUCCGGUUUCAAGGUCGAGCCUUUCGACGGCUCGAACUAUGGGUUGUGGAGUUACAAGAUGAAGAUGUACCUGAUGUCGAAGGGGCUGUGGGGCGCGAUCGCGGGCGAUGAGACAACAAGUGAGGCCAAGGAACAGCAAGCCCACGCCGCGAUCGUGCUGAAUCUGAGCGAUUCACAGUUGAUGCAUGUCAUCGACUCGGCCACCGCAAGAGAAGCGUGGGGACGUCUGGCGCGAUUUCAUCACAGUCAUGACAUGGCGAAUCGACUUUGGCUGAAGGAAAAGUUCGCGUCGUUCAAGUAUGCAGCAUCAAGCAUGAGCGGUCAUGUGAUGGAGCUGGAGGACCUCGUGAUGAAGAUGAAGCGCGCGAACUGCGGUCCAAGUGAAGAGGACGUGUGCGCAGUACUGUUGCGGAGUCUACCUUCAAGCUUCGAGAGCUUGGUACAGGCAUUCCGCAUGUCCGUCGCAAGCUUCAGUUUCAGUGACCUCGUGAGCAAGUUGAUCGCCGAAGAAGUGCGCCAGAAUGAGGGAGCACGAGUAGAAGAUGCAACGGCGCUCUACGCAGGCAAGAGGAAGGGUAAGCAGUACCCGAAGAAGCAACAAGGACGGCGCGCGAAAGGACCAUCAGGGACCUGCUACAACUGUGGCAAGGUCGGACACUACGCCAGAGAUUGUCGCUCCGGUCGAGGGCCAAGGGAGCAACAGCAUGACCAGUCGAAUGUCGCGUUUCAUGCCAGCGAAGGUUUCGCGAGCAACAGCUGGGUCAUGGACAGUGGCGCGUCAGCACACAUGUGCAAGGAUCGAGAUGCGUUCGAAGAGUACGAAGAAGUGCAUCAUGCGCGAAGCAUUUCAAGCGCAAAGAGCGACGUGAAGCUGAAUGUCAUUGGACAUGGGACAGUGAAGCUGCGCGUCUGGACAGGACAUGCGUGGAUCGACGCUCGCCUUGAGAACACACUUCACGUUCAAGAUUUGUCCAAGAACCUGUUUUCGCUCACGGCUGCGGCAGCGCGCGGCAUGACAGUGGAGAUAACGCGCAACGAGUGCGUGGUCAAGCGUGGCGGCACACCCGUCGCAACAGGAAGGAAGCAGGGGUUCCUCCUGUAUCUCAAUGCUGACUAUGGUACGGAGUGCCACAUGGCCGAAGACGACACAGAGCUAUGGCAUAGAAGACUGGGUCACGUGUCGUAUGGUACGCUGAAUGCCAUGGUCAAGGACGGAAGGAUCAAGGGCGCAACGAUGAAGACGAACGUUGCGUGUGACGUAUGCGCAACGUCAAAGCAAGUGCGCAAGUCAUUCAAGACAAGUGAAGAAGACGCUGAAACCAGGGAGAGUUCGCGUUCCGACGUGGUGGUGUGCUCCGACGUUCUCGGUCCUAUCACGCCAGCGUCCAAGUCUGGUUUCAGUUACGCCGUAACCUUCAUCAUGAUGAAGAGCAGAUAUGUAACGGUCUAUCCGUUGCGAAAGAAGAGCGACGUUGCGAGUGCGUUCAAGCGGUUUUACCAAGAUGUCAAGACAGCAUCUGGAACGAAGAUAAAGGUGUUGCGAAGUGACAACGGCGGCGAAUACCGGAACGCAACGAUGAACAGCUUUUGCAAGGCAAAGUUCAUCAAGCAAGAGUUCACGGUUCCGUACAACCCAGAGCAGAACGGGAUGGCGGAGCGGAUGAACCGCACGCUGGUGGAGAUGACGCGCUGUAUGCUAAAGGAAAGCGGUCUCGACAAGUCCUAUUGGUGCGAGGCACUAAUGACAGCGGCAGACAUCAGAAACAUUCUGCCGAACGCGUCGAACAAGAACUCAAGCCCACACGAGAUGGUGUUCAAGAAGGUUCCGCGCAUCGAUCACAUGCGCGUGUUUGGUGCGCAAUGCUAUGCGCAUGUGGCGAAGGAGAAGAGAAAGAAGCUGGACGACCCAGGCGUGCGAUGUUUCUUUCUCGGCUAUGCGAAGGACCAAAAGGCGUAUCGGCUUCUCAACGCGGACGAUGGCUCAAUCGUGAUUUCAAGAAGCGUCACGUUCGCUGAGCAUUCUGUCUCGAAAGCAUCAAAAAGCAGAGACACGCGGGUGUUCGAUGUCAUUGAAGAAGAGGAAAGUGUGGAGGCGUCGUUACCCGAUGAUGAAGACAUACCAGCGCCGGUGACCGAAGAAGAGCUGCGCACCCCACCACUUCGAGCGCAGAACAGCUCUCAUCACGGACCAAGUGUUCGACCAAGCGACACCAUUCCUACGCGCGCAUCCAGCACACCCGGAAGAAAUGGAGAAGAAGAGUGGAUGGUGCGACCGGUUCGAAAGAAGCGCGGCGUGGUUCGCUACGAUCAAGAAUUUCCAAGCCAUCGUCGCGGUCACUUCAAUUUGGACGACUACAAAGGUGACUUCGACUCUUUCUACUGUUUCUCGGCUGAAGAAGAUGGGGAACAAGCGUCCAGCUAUCAAGAAGUGAUGAAGAGCGGCUACAAGGAGCAGUGA